AUGAAGCAACUAACAUACAUUCAACUCUUUCAGAUAUCAUUCCUAGUGUUCUUAUCCUUCACCCUCCUCCUCCACACCAUCUUAUCCUACACCCCCACCACUCACCUCCUCAACCACCUCCGCCGCCUCCUCCACAGUCACAUCCGCUUCUCCCUAUCCUGCGCCCUGUGCGCUCUCCUCUCCCUCCUCUACUACCGCUACACCCGCCCACACCCAAUCCUCCUGCUAAACUACGCCUGCUACAAGCCAGACCCCCGCCGCAAAUGCACCUUCCAACUGUCGGAGCAUUUCGUGUGCCGGAGUGCGCGUUUCACCCAAAAGAGCGUGGACUUCAUGCGUAACAUAUACUUCAAAUCAGGCCUGGGGGAGGAAACCUACGCACCCUCCUUCAUCUUCCAGGAUGACCAGGACACCGCCACGCUAAAAUGCGCCGUCCAGGAAGCCCAGGAGGGGAUGUUCUCCGCCGUCGAUUCUGUCCUCUCGAAGACCCAGAUCGACCCGGGUCGGAUCGAUUACGUGAUCGUCACGUGCGGGAGCUUCUCCCCGUCUCCUUCUCUCUCCUCUCUCAUCGUGAACCGUUACAAGCUCAAGCCAGAUGUGAAAACCUAUAAUCUGAGUGGUAUGGGUUGUAGCUCUGGUGUGAUCUCCAUCGACAUGGCUGCUAACGUGCUCCGCAGCUCCACGAAGGUCCAAUACGCCCUCGUGAUCAUCACCGAGAGCAUCAGCUUGAACUGGUACUUCGGCGACAACCGUUCCAUGCUCGUCACCAACUGUAUUUUCCGGGUCGGCUGCGCCGCCGCGAUCAUCACCAACGACCCCAGUCGCCGCCGAUUCGCCAAGAUGGAACUCGUCCACUCGCUCCGGACUCACCACGGGUCGGACGACAGGGCUUACCGGGCUGCUUUUCAGGAGGAAGACGACAAGGGUAAUACCGGAGUUUCACUCACGAAGGACUUGAUCAGGGUGGCGGGUGUCAACUUGAGUGAGCACAUCAAAAUUCUCGCCCCACGAGUUCUCCCACUGAGUCAACUCGUUUACUUUGUGUACUCGGUGAUGGUCUCCGUAUUGACUCGGGGCGAGUCGAAGCCGGUGGUGCCGGACUUUACGACGGCGUUUGAGCACUUUGUUGUGCACACGGGUGGGAAGGCUGUGAUUGAACAGGUGGGGCGAGUUCUGCGACUGGGUGACGAGUUGACUGAGCCGGCUCGGAUGAGUCUGCACCGAUUCGGUAACACGUCGAGUAGUCUCGUGUUCUAUGAAUUGGCUUAUUUUGAAUGUAAAAGGAGGGUGAAAAGAGGUGAUCGGGUGUGGAUGAUAGCAUUUGGAACCGGUUUCAAAGUUGGUAGUCUGGUUUGGAGAUCGCUUCGUGAUUCGUGCCACGAGGGUGAUAAUCCGUGGAAUGAUUCCAUACAUAGGUACCCAUUGAAAGUAUGCUGAUCUGGUGCCAGGUGUAUCAAUCAAGUUUAAUUGUUUAGAGCGAAAUUACAUUAAUGGUGCUCUUAAAAGUGUUUUUUUUUUUUUUGGAAGUCAGUAGUUGAGUCUCUCAACUGUCGAAGUAAUUCAAUGUAAUAAUUGUAAAAAGAAGCUCACGGAACUUACGGUACAGAGAAUACUCUCUUAAAUAAAGAGAAAUUUAAGAAAUAGUAAUUAAAGUUGAAGAAAAAUGGUUUUAAUUUGGUC